UUAUUUAAGGAAAUAAUAAAGUACAUUAAUAAUGAAUUUAUUGUUAGUUUAAUAAAAAGCUUAUUAUAUAAUUAGAUGGACCAACAUAUUUCUCUAAUGAUUCUAAGAAUCAUCCUAGUGAUGACACAUGGCUACAAAAAGAAGUAGUAAUGUUUCUCAAAUAAUAUAUAGGGGAUUAAGAAAAAUACUCUUUCUUCACUGUCCUUUUCUCAAGAGUUUUGAUCAAUCCCUUCACUAUCUUACCAAACCACAUCAUGUUCAUUACGUUCAAUGCAAUCGGUACGACGAAAUCCAGUAGAUAACCGAGUAUGCAUCAAUACCAGCUGCCAAAAAAUCCAUAGAUCAUCUGUCCGUUACCUCUUUUGAUUAUCUAUAUCUCCAACUCCAGAUAAGCAGUGAUGGAAAAUCUAGAGAAAAUGCAAAUUAUCAGCCAUAUCGAGAUUUUGAAGAAAUAACUGAAACCAAUGGAGAGCACACAAAAGCUUUCUUGUGACUACUAGUUGAAUUAAUAUCCAACAACACCAAUUUAAUUACAUCAAAAAUCUCUACAAAAAAAUCUACAACACUAAAUUUACAGCUAUAAUCAAUUCAUCUACAAUACAAGUUUUACAGCUAACUUUUUACACCCACUUAUCCACUUCAUUAUUUAGGUUGUUGAACUUGAACCUUUAAAAUAAUAAAUAUUCAUAAAUAUCAAAUAACUUAGAUAAUUGUUAAAAUUUCUUACUAUUUAGAUGUUAAUUUUAAUAUAUUUAAAAAAAAAUAAUUAAAAUAAUUUUUUAAGUUUUGAAUAAUUUUACAAAUUAUUAUUAUUUUUUUUAAAAAUUACAAAUUAUUAAAUUUGUCAUAUAGCAUAAAUAUUAUUUACAUUUUAAAAAACACAGUUUCACAUUCAGCUGCUUCAAAUCAUAGUCUUGAUUUACUAGUUACUAUAUACUAGUGAGAGCAUAAGCCUAUACAUAUUCAGCUGCUUCAAAUCAUAGUCUAGAUUUACUACUAGUGAGAUCAUAAGUCUUAUAUAUACUUGCUUGACUACGGGAGAGAAGACAUCGUCAUAGUCAAUAUUUUCUCCUGGAAGAAAUCUUUUGCUACCAAUUUAGAUUUAAGCCUUGGUUACUUGACCCCUGGAAUUCCUGGUUUCCAUUAAACACUCUUAUCACUUUCUUCUUCUUUUUGGUAUCUCGAACAAUUCUCAUGUCUCAUUCUUGUGUAAAACCUAUAUCUUGUCUUUGACUGCUAAGUGCCAGCUGUUCCAAUCUUUUCUCCUUCUUGCGUUAGAGAAUGAUUUUGGUUCAUCCUCGACGUCAACUGCACUAGAUAGUGCAUAUGCUACAAUAUCAAAAUCAUCACACUUCAAGUUCAAAGAACCUGCAUUCCCUUGUUUCUCUGUCCCUCCAAUAUAGACUCUAUCAUGAACCUCAAUACAUAUCAUGUGUUCCUUUUUGUUACUCUUUUAAAUAUAGAUUUGUCGGUCUAGAUGUUUGGUCUUUAAUUGUAAUAUUAAGAGUUUUUUCAAAAAAAAAAUGAAUUGUGUUAUCUUUGUUAUAGUUAUUAAGUGAGGUAAUUAUCACAUUUAAAGUAGAGACAAAAAGAAAAAGCCAUUAUAAUAUAGGCUCGACUGAAGCGUGUUUGAUUAACUACUAAGAAUGAUUAUGAGCUUCAGAAGCACGGGAAAACGGCUAAUUUAUACAUCAACACAGUCCAGCGGUUCCGAUCGAUCAGUACAUAAACACAUAAGCUGUGCAAAUACAUACAUGAAUACGUACUUAAUUCAAAUCUCAUACACGAACUAACAAAAUUUGGUUUUUGCAUACAUUGACCAAUUAUCCGUUAGUCAAACGUAACGGAAUCUGAGUUGUCCGUUAUAUCCGCUUACGUGGCUUUUUACAUUUUUAAAUAAUGAAUAAAUUAAUAAAAAAUUAAAAGAUGGUUAGAAGGGGGAAUCGAACCUGGGUCUAAGCAAUAUCCAACACAUGCUAAACCACUGUGCCAAGGCAGACUUAUUAUUUGUACUCCCGAUGAUUUCCUAUUUAUACCUAAUGGAUAUUUCAUUCACAUACAUAUAUAUAUAUAUAUAUAUAUAUAUAUAUUUUGUGGUUGACCUUAUCAUCCAAAUUGUUCAGAAAAUAGACUUAUCAUCCAAACAAAAUGAAAAAAUAUUCAAAUCUUUUUUUGUUUCUUUUUGUGGAAGAAAUAACCUUUAUAUAUAUUCGAAAAAAUAAAAUAAUAAUAUAUAUUAUUAAAAAUGGGUCACAUACAUUGAAGUUAUUUCUAGCUUUACUAUAUUUUUGUGAGAAAUAGAUCGAGAGAUCGUUCUCUUGCUAAAAUUUUUUAAUUUCCUCUUGUUUGAAUUUGAGUUUAUUUGCAAACCCUUAUGUUUCUAACGUUCUCUUACAAUUACUGGAAACUGAAAAAAAAUUUACUCAAAAUUUAAACAAAAGCAAAUUAAAGAUUUCAACAAGAGAACAAACUAGUUCAAAAAGGGAAUUGAUUUUACUAAGGAUUAUGGAUCGGUUUAGCGGAACGCGCCGGUGUGGUAGUUGAACGAAAUUAGACGUGCAAUAUUUGAAUUAGUUUUGUUUUGUUCAAUUUAAGCUUGUAAUGGACAUUUGAAAUUUUGUUUAUCGGGUUGAUUAUUAAAAAUAAAUAUUAUCUUUUAAAAAUAGAGAUUCACAAAGAGAUAAUAAAGGUAGAAGACAAUUCCAACGUACGUAACCCUUUUUAAUAAUAUAUAUUAUUUUAUUUUAUUUUUUUGAAUAUACAAAAAAUGAUUUUUUCCACAAGAAAAGGAAAAAGAGAACAAAAAAGUAUUUGAAUUUGUGUUGGAACAAUUUGGAUGAUAAGUCAAACAUGGAAAGAAAAAAAAAAGAAAUAUGUGAAUGAAAUAUUUGUAUAAAUACGAAACAACUGGGACUAUAAACAAUAGGUUGGGUCUGGCACAAUGGUUUCUUCUUGUGAUGGAUAUAUCUCAAACCAGGGUUCGACUCCCCCUUGUAACCAUCUUUUAUUUUAUUUUUAUUAAUUUAUUCAUUAUUUAAAAACGUAAAAAGCCACGUAAGUGGUAUAUAACGGACAGCUCAGAUUCCAUUACGUUUGACUAACGGAUAAUUGGUCAAUGUAUGUAAAAACCGAAUUUUGUUAGUUCGUGUAUGAUAUUUGAAUUAACUACGUGUUCAUGUAUGUAUUUGCACAGCUUAUGUGUUUAUGUACUGAUCGGGACCGCUGGAAUGUGUUGAUGUAGGAAUUAGCCGAUUUCCCUCAGAAGCACCUUCCACGUUACAGGUAGAGAUAAAAAGAAAAAGCUAUUAUAGUAAAAUCUCCUCUGAACCGUGUUUAAUCAAUACUAUUAAAAGAGGAGGAGUUUUAAUAAAUCUACUUAAAAAGGUUGUUUGGACCCUUUUUUUAAUUAUUUUUUGGUCUUCCCCUAUAUAUUAUAAUAGCAUGUGACAUUUUCCUUUUAUUAUAUUUCCAUUCUCCCCUAAAGUCGGCAUACAUAUAACAAUAACAUAAAUUAUUUCAGAGAAUACACGUAUAACAUAAACAUCUAAGACACCACAAUUAUAUCAAUUAUUUAUUUAAGCUCACAUUCUCUUUCAAUCAUGUCGCCUAUCUAUACAUCUAAUAUACAAUAUUUUGUUAUACGUAUAAAUGUAUCUAACUUACAGCAUAACCUGCCAUUGUUUUAUAUCUUCUAACCUUGCCAUAGUGGAGUAUUACUAUAGAUUUCUAAUAAUAAAACAUUUGUCUCAAAAAGAUUAAUAUUAUUUUAAGAUAUUUUUACCAUGUUCGUUUUAUUAUAUCAUACCCUCACUUAUAUGCGAGUAAACGGAUCCAUCGGUUUGGCUACAGGUCUGACUUGGAUAUGAAAAUAUAAUGAAAAUAUUGUACAAGACUGAAAUAAUAAUAAUAUAACAGCUUUUAAAUAUUAUAGAUUUAUAAUAAUAGUUAUAAAUUUAUUUAAUAUUUAGCUUUGAUCAACCAAAAAAUACACGCGCUUUUUAAGCGCGGUUCAAAAUCUAGUUAGCUAUUAUUAUUCCUUAAUUAGGAGUAUGUAGGUAGCGUUGACGGAGAUCAAUUCGUAAGGAAUAAAUAAAUAUAAGCACAUUCAACAUGGCGAGUAGCAACAAAAAAAGUAGAUAUUGAACCCCACCCUCAUAUACAUUAAAAGAGAAGUUCCUUUAGUGAUUUCUGCUGACGUGGCACUUAUAUAGAGCUUCUCAGAAAUUUUUUUAUAAUUCUAUUGGCUGAUUUUUUGGAAUUUUUCUUUUUCAUUUAUUUUUUUCACUCGCCUCCGUGGAUUUGAAAACGCCGUCGUACGUCAUGAAGUUUUUUUUUUUCAAUCGCGUAUCAAUUAAAGGGAGAUAUGGUUUCAAACCGAUGAAGACAGUCCGACCAGAUGAGUUUGCUUCUCCAUACUAUGAAGACUCAAUCAUAUCCAUCGCGUCAAGAAGCGACAACCAGACGAGGUGAAGUUUGUCGAUACUCUUGGAAUUUACAGAUUUUUUGGUUUCUCUUAUUGGAUUCGACUUUUAAGCUAUGAGGCGAAGAUUUUUUGGUUUCUCUGAUUGGAUUCGACUUUUAAGCUAUGAUACAAAGAUUUUUGGGUUUCACUGAUUGGAUUCGACAUAUGUUAAGCUAUAAACUACGAUCUGCUUAUUAACAUUUUGAAUCUUUGUAUCUAAUUGACUGAUUAACCUUCUUGCUGUUGAGGUCUUGAUUCUCUUAAACAAGACCAUUGCCACGACCAGAGAUGUAUUUCGCGGACUGUCUACUGAUGGCACAAGAAGAGACAACUGACAUUUACAACAAACUUGCAUUCGACUCCAGUCUCUGAAGAAGGACUGUAAGAUUAUCUUCUCCUUAAUAACUCAACAAGCAUUUAGACAGUCCUCUCUUAAGAUUUUCAAAUUUGGUUUUUUGUUUCAUUAGCACGAUUUAGAGCUUCACAUUACUAAUUCCGAUAGUCUGUUGCAUCGCUAACUGCAGCACGAUUUAGAGCUUCACAUUACUAAUUUAGUCAGUCGGUUUCAUUCCUUGUGGUUUCCGGUCUGUUGGUUUUCGGAUUUUCAAGUUUGGUCUUCUUAAUUAUGAGAAAAAUGUGAAUAGCCUAUUUAAAAAAGCCCAAAUAUAUUGUCAAUAGAUGUUAAGCCCAUAUAUUAUUCGCUUUGGGGAUAAUAAUUAGAUAACUUGCGCAAGAUUGUUAACUAAUUUGCAUAUUAAUAACUUUCUUUAUUAUUCGAAUCAAUUGCUUGCGCUGAUUGUUAUCAUAUUUAUUACAUUACUUGCGCAAGUUAAAAUCAUAUCAUAUGCAAAUCAUUUUAUGACAAUACACAAUUAAAAUCUUUCUUUAAACGAUUUCAAUCUUUAUUAGGGGUCAUUAAUAUGAUAAAUAAAUCGGCUUAAUAUAUAUAUGAGAAACCCAAAUGCUUAAAAUACAAACAUUCAGCUCUUACAAGAACAAUGGCAAUGGUGCGAGCCAAAAAGAAUAUUGUUUCUUAUGUGAGAGAAUUAAAACCCCGUAAAGAUACGUCGCGUAUUGAAGUUAGGAUUGUUCGCUUGUGGAGAAACUAUAACAAAGAAUCAGGAAACACCAUUGAAAUGGUGGUUGUUGAUAAAGAAGUAAGUAUACAUCACACAAAAUGCAUUUUUUUGGAAGCAUCGUUUAUAUACUUAUUAUGCGUUUAUAAAACUCUUAUAAUUUUUGUGACCAGGGGACCAAAAUUCAUGCUUCAGUUGGUGAACAACUCAUCAAAAAAUUCGAUGACAAGCUACGCGAGGGAGAUGCGAUUGUCCUCCAGUUGUUCAAAGUUUCCCGAAAAGUAUUCCGCGGACUUCUCUGAUAUUCUUGGUGGAAAUCUGGAUCGUAGCUGUUUGGUUGAUGUGGUUGGCCAAAUAGUUAACUUCGGGUCUCUGGAAAACAAAAUAAUAAAAGGAAAAGACAACAUGAGGCUCUUGGUUGAGUUGCGUGACCCAAAUAAUGUGAAGAUGAUGUGUACUCUGUGGGGUUGUUAUGCUAAACAAGUAUACGAUUACAGUAGGAGUAACAUGUCCACCAUGAUUAUUUGUGUUAUCAGAUUCUGUUCUGUUAAAGAGUGGAAAGGUGCUUACUCCAUAUCUAGCGGGUAUAAUUCAACCCAUAUUCUGCUCAACCCAACACUUGAAUUUAUUGAGGAGUUCAAAGCAAGUCUCCCUGAUGAUUCACUUGCUCUUACAAACAACGAUAGUAGCCAAUGGUCUGUUGGUACUGCUACAUCUAUUCGUGCCAGGUUUUUUGUUCUUAAUGAGAGGCUAACCAUCAGAGAGAUCAUUGAUAGUACUCUGGUUGACACUUUUAUCACUCUGGGGACUAUUCAAACAAUUGAUACUGAACGUGGCUGGCAAUAUUUAAGUUGCAAAUACCACAACAAAAAAGUGAUGCCUACAACCAAUGUUGAUGCUGAUGGCCGGCCCUUGUUCUUCUGCAAUACAUGUGACAAAGAAAACAGUGAUGUCAUUUCCAGGGAAAAUAUAUAAAAACAUACACGCAAAAUAUGAUUAUGUCGGUAUAUAAAACUAUUAAUUGCAAAGGUAAAUACAAUUAACAUAUUUUUAAUUUAUGUUUUCGAUAAGUAAUGUGAAAAGACACGACUCAUCGAAAGUCCGCGAUGACAUUAUAAAGACAGGACUGAAGAAUUGUGACCAAAACCUUUCAUCUCUCUUCUUCUCCGAUU